GGUGCAAACAAACAAACACACAAACAAACAUAGCAGCAGCAAGUGCAACAGCAAAGAAUUUCGCAGCAGAUGUGUGUGUGGGGGGGUGGCACGGCGUAGAAUUCAUGGAUACACAUGGAAUAGAUCCGGCGCCAUCGCUGCGUCUGCGGAUUUUGGGCGGUCGUUCUACAGAAUCCGGGGGCGCACAGGAGAAUCCCGACAGCCAGGUGCUCGUGUGGAAGAAUUGCAAUUAAACAAAUCGUCGGAGUCCAUUGCUGAUGCCGAAUGCUGCUGGCCCAUGAGGUAAAACUGUUCCCAUCUAGAUUCUGUCUCAUGCUGCACUGUGUGUGUGUGUGUGUGUGUGUUUGUACCUGUGCCGUGGUCCCUGCGCUCAAUCCGUCGACUCAGCCACCGCGGUGACUCGGAAUUAUCAGUUGCUGUGAUCCCGUGACGCUUACGGCGUCAACGCCAACUUUCUAUGUGGUGGGGGCGUCCGUUUGUUUCUCAGCCAAGUCCAUCCACGCCCCCGCGCCGUUCCCUUCCAUUCUUUCGAUUCUAACGCCAUUCGCGAAGACUGUGCGUCUGAAUCAGUGCCUUACCGCCGCUGUCCUUUUCUGAGAAGAAGAUGAUCCGAAACAGCAAACGAAGUCAUCUGGGGCCUUCUGCGAGGUUGGAGAGUUGUGGACUGUGAUCUCUGGGUCCCUCAUGUAUGCAUUUGCUUGCACGGUGCACAUUCGACAGGUUUAAGAUACGUACUUGGUAAGGUUUCGCGGUGCGAGACACCAGGUCAAUGUGUGUGGUUAUGCUACAACCUCCUGGUGGAAGACGCCAAUUGCCUCUCGGUUUCAGCAGAAUGUGCCGUGAAAUCUCCGCACAGUAGUUCAAAAGUUCAGAAGCAUUUGUUGACGAUUAGUUGCAACAAGACGCAGCGGAAUCAUGGGUAGAAGCAAAGACGACGACUCGGAGAUUCUCGCGGGUAACAGCAACUCUUUUACCUCGGCCAAAGAACAAGACCAAGUAGGCUUGCAGCAUGAGGUUUUAUCUACAGACAGAAGCCAAGACUCGAAACCAGGAAACAAUGGGAGCCAUGAGAACGGCCAUGGAGGGAUCGAUAGCGUGGACGUCGUUGGGAAAGAAUCCGAAUCUGAUUCAGCUAAAGGCGAGAAACGUCCGGAAGGAUCAGUAUCCCUUUUCCGGCUCUUCACUUAUGCGGACCUCUUGGACUGUUUUUUGAUAGCAACCGGCGCCUUGGCUGCUGUUGUUCAUGGCUUAUCCAUGCCUAUCUUCUUGCUCUUCUUAGGAGACUUGAUUGACGGAUUCGGCGCCAAUAUCAACAAUCCUAAGAGGACCGCGGAAGAUGUCGAUAAGUAUGCAGUGUACAUGGUCUACCUUGGAAUCGUGGUGUGGUUCGCGUCAUGGGCAGAAGUGGCUGCAUGGAUGCAAACAGGAGAGCGACAAGCAGCUCGGAUCCGGGUGCUGUAUCUCCAGUCCAUGCUCAAGAAGGACAUCAGCUAUUUCGAUGUCGACGCACGAACUGGCGAGGUAGUGGACAGCAUCUCCACGGACACGCUCCUCAUUCAAGACGCCAUCAGCGAAAAGAUGGGACAAUUCCUCCACUACAUUAGCACUUGCAUCGGAGGUUUUGCUGUGGGAUUCUCCAUGCUGUGGAAGCUUGGCUUGGUCACCCUGGCAGUGGCGCCCGCCAUAGCCAUCGUUGGAGGCUCCUACGCCUACAUAAUCACGAAUUUCACAGCGAGGAACCGCAAAGCCUACGAAGAAGCUGGCAACAUUGUAGAACAGAAUCUUGCGAAUGUGAGGACGGUGUACUCGUUUGUAGGGGAGCAGAAGGCCCUGGAGGCUUUCUCUCAUGCUCUUCGGGGGACAUUGAAGCUGGGCUACAAGAGCGGUCUUGCAAUGGGCCUUGGCAUAGGCUCCAUUCAGAUUAUACUGUUCUGUGCAUACGCUCUUUUGUUGUGGUACGGUGGGGUGCUAGUUCGUAAUGGGGAAGCGAACGGGGGGAAGACUCUCGCAACAAUCUUCGCAGUCGUCAUAGCCGGAAUUUCGUUGGGUCAAGCGGCGCCGAAUAUCACAGCCUUUGCGAGGGCGAAAGCAGGAGCGUUUAAGAUAUUUAAAUUGAUUGAACAACAAUCCAAAAUCGGCGUUGACACCGACACUGCGACCAAGCUUGCCUCUGUACAAGGGUUGAUUGAACUCAAACACAUCGAGUUUAGUUACCCUUCACGACCUGAUAUUCCCAUCUUCCGUGACUUUUCACUCACCAUUCCUGCAGGCUCGACGGUCGCCAUUGUCGGAGGCUCCGGGUCCGGCAAAAGCACUGUCAUUUCUUUGAUAGAGAGGUUUUACGAACCAAGCGCAGGUGAAGUGCUGCUGGAUGGGGUAAACAUUAAACAUAUUGACCUCAAGUGGCUCCGCAGCCAAAUUGGGCUCGUAAAUCAAGAGCCUGCACUCUUUGCAACGAGCAUCAAGGAAAACAUAUUAUAUGGCAACCCCAAUGCGACUGACCAGGAAGUUGAGGAUGCCUGCAGAGCUGCCAACGCUCACUCGUUCAUCUCGAAGUUUCCACAAGGCUACAACACGCAGGUUGGUGAGCAUGGGGUUCAAAUGUCAGGUGGACAGAAGCAACGCGUAGCGAUCGCGAGAGCAAUCGUGAAGAACCCCAGCAUACUCCUCCUGGACGAAGCAACGAGCGCCUUGGAUGCGAGCUCGGAGCAGAUCGUGCAAGCGGCGCUCGACAAUGUGAUGGUGGGACGUACUACAGUUGUGGUGGCCCACAGGCUCUCCACAAUUCGAAACGCGGAUGCCAUUGCAGUUGUGCAGAAUGGUGUCAUUGUCGAAAUGGGGGAUCACGAGACCAUGAUUACGCAAGAAAACGGCGCCUACGCCGCGCUUGUCCGUCUUCAAGAAACGGUCCGUUUCUACGACAGGAACGAUAUGAUGGCCAAAUCCAAGUCAAUCCGUGACUACUCCGGCAGGUUGUCGAGUAGGCGACUGAGUCGGCAGCAAAGCUCACUGACUUCGGAUGGCGAGAGCGGCUCGUUCAAGAGAAAAGACAAUGUGCCGCCCCAAUCUGCCACCAUGUGGCGGUUGCUGAAGUUGAACAAGCCUGAGUGGGCCUACGGAUUUCUGGCGAUUGUAGGUUCAGUCAUUAUGGGCCUCGUGAACCCAGGGUUCAGUCUUGUUAUUAGCAAUGUCGUCUACAUUUACUACGGUACCAGUAACCAUCACAUGAAGCAAGAGAUUGACAAGUUCAUAUUGAUCGUGAUUUCUCUCGGAGUCGCUGCUCUUAUUGGAAGUUUCCUCCAGCACACCUUUUUUGGCGUCAUGGGCGAGAAUCUGGUGAAGCGUAUUCGGGAAAUGAUGUUUGCUCGUAUCCUAACAAACGAGGUGGGCUGGUUUGACGCCGAUGAGAACAACAGCUCGCAAGUGUCCGCACGUCUAGCAGCGGACGCUACCACAGUGAAGGGUGCCAUCGGCGACCGAAUUUCAAUAAUCGUUCAAAACUUCACCCUCAUGGUGGCGAUUUGCAUCAUAGCGUUCUCGUUGCAGUGGAAAAUGGCCUUUGUUGUCCUUUGUACACUUCCGCUACAAGUGUUCGCUACGUUCGUGGAGCACCUAUUUCUGAAGGGAUUCUCUGGAGACGUUGCAUCCGCACAAGCUCGGGCCAGCAUGGUAGCUGGGGAGGGGGUAAUCAACAUCCGAACCAUUGCUGCAUUCAACUCCCAAGAUAGAAUAGUGAAGCUCUUUGAACAAGAACUGAGGGCUCCGAUGAGGCGUGGAUUUGUGCGUGGCCAGGUUGCUGGACUUGCGUACGGGAUUUCUCAAUUUUUUCUGUACAGCUCCUACGCACUCGGAUUAUGGUAUGGUGCUCAGCUGGUGAAGAGAGGGGAAUCCAACUUUAAGAGCAUCAUCCAAGUGUUCAUGGUACUCAUUAUUGCUGCCUACGCCAUAGCCGAGACGCUGGCAUUGGCACCUGAUCUGAUCAAGGGGGGUCAAGCGUUGUCAUCCGUGUUCUAUGUCCUAGAUCGCAACACCGAGAUCGACGCUGAUGAUCCCAAGGCUGAAGUUGUCCAAACCGUGAGAGGGGAAAUCCGACUGAAGGAUGUGACGUUUGCGUACCCAACGCGACCCGAUGCCGUGAUUUUCAAGGACCUGAAUUUAAUGGUAAGGGCAGGGAAAUCUCUGGCCCUGGUUGGAUCCAGUGGAUCCGGGAAGAGCACCGUCAUUGCACUCUUGGAGAGGUUUUACGAUCCCUUAUCAGGACGCGUCCUUGUUGACGGUGAAGACAUCCGCAAGCUCAAUUUGAAAAGCUUACGGAGGCGUAUAGCGCUCGUUUCUCAGGAGCCAACGCUCUUCGACACCACAAUUUACGAAAACAUCGCAUACGGACGAGAGGGUGCAACCGAGCAGGAGGUUCAGGCCGCAGCCAUGGCAGCGAAUGCACACAACUUCAUUACUGCUCUUCCUGAUGGUUACAACACCUCCGCCGGCGAGCGAGGGGUGCAACUUUCUGGUGGUCAGAAACAGCGCAUCGCCAUUGCUCGUGCUGUAUUGAAAAACCCCGCGGUGCUGCUGCUGGAUGAAGCAACAAGCGCCCUCGAUGCCGAGUCUGAAAAGAUUGUUCAGGAAGCAUUGGAUCGCCUCCUGAAGGGUCGAACUUCAGUAUUGGUGGCGCAUCGGCUCUCGACCAUCCGGAAUGCUCACACCAUCGCGGUGAUCCAAGACGGCGCAGUCGUUGAGGAAGGAUCCCAUAAUACCCUCCUUGCCAUCCCAGAUGGUGCUUACGCCAACCUGGUUCGCUUACAGAAUCUCCACUCACAUUGACAGAGGCCAAUCCAAUUUCAGUAACCCACCAAACAUAGUCUCAACAGCCUUGCCAAUGUUGCACUGGACUAUUCGAAAUUGUACUAAUUUGCCAGGUCCAUAAUUUCGUGACUGUUGGGACAAAAGUUAUUCAUCUGUCCACCGGGGAGGAAAUUUUGUAGAGUAUGUGUAGUAUACUUUAGUUAGAUUGUGUGCGCAGUAUGUCAUCAGAUUUGGAUCGCGGAGGGUUCAACAUUUGUAUCUAUCUAUGUAAGCACCCAUAAUGUUAAAUUUUCGUUAAGACGCUCUUCUACUUGAGAGGACUUCAAGCUU